AGUUACGUCUUUCCUUUGUAGUCACAGGUCGCAUCCGGUUCGUGCGUCGACUGAGAUACAAAAAGGAGAAAGCAAAAAAUCUCAUCAGGAGCCGAAAUACCGAGAUAUGAAGUCAGGGUUUUAGUUAUUCUUUUUACGUAUAACCAUAUAUGUAGUAUUAGUCAUGUGUUGUAGUCUCUAAUGUUUUUAUAACAGUAUCGGUAGAGCAGUUUUAGAUGGUUGGACUCGUUCUAGUUAUCGGGAUUAAGUGCAGUUUUAAUUGGGAUUGAAUCAGCUCAGGUCUAUAUUCGUCGCAUGUGUUAAAGGUCGUCCGCGCAUUGAGUGUCGUUAUAUUUUAGCAGUAGUCGUGUUUGUGUGUUUGCGGGGUUGGCGAUGGCCACAUCGGCCCUGUACGCCUGCACCAAGUGUAACCAGCGGUUCCCGUUCGAGGAGCUGUCGCAGGGCCAGCAGCUUUGCAAGGAAUGUCGGAUUGCGCAUCCCAUAGUAAAAUGUACCUACUGCAGGUCAGAGUUUCAGCAGGAAAGCAAAACCAACACUAUCUGUAAGAAAUGCGCACAGAAUGUCAAACAGUUUGGAACACCGAAGCCAUGUCAGUACUGUAACAUCAUUGCUGCGUUCAUUGGGACCAAAUGUCAGCGCUGCACCAACUCUGAGAAGAAGUACGGCCCUCCACAAACCUGCGAGCAGUGCAAGCAGCAGUGUGCCUUCGACAGGAAGGACGAGGGAAGGAGAAAGGUGGAUGGGAAACUCUUGUGUUGGCUAUGCACGUUGUCGUAUCGUCGCGUUCUCCAAAAAACGAAAGAGCAACGGAAAGGCCUCGGCUCUUCCCACUCCAACUCUUCUUCCCUCAGCGAGAAGGAGCAUCAGAGACACCAUCACCAUCAUCAGCACCACAGACACGGAAGUUCACACCACAAAAUAAGUGGAAACUUAAGUCCAGAGCAGGAUCAGGGAUUGUGGAAACAGAGCAUUCAAAAGGAAACGCCAAAGAAAAAACCCAAACUAGAAACAAAGCCAUCCAAUGGAGACAGUUCAAUCACUCAAUCGAUGGAUUCUGGAGGCACGGAUAACUUCAUCUUGAUUAGCCAGCUGAAAGAGGAAGUGAUGUCACUGAAGCGCAUGCUCCAGCAGAGAGACCAGACCAUCCUUGAGAAAGACAGGAAGCUGACGGAGCUGAAGGCAGACUUUCAGUAUCAGGAGUCAAACAUGCGGGUGAAGAUGAACAACAUGGAGAAAGCGCACAAAGAGGCCAUGGAGCAGCAACAGGCAAAGAACCGAGAACUGUUGAAACAGGUUGCUGCUCUCUCAAAAGGCAAGAAGUUUGACCGCAGCGGCAGCUCUCUGCUGUUACCAUAGCAAUGACCUCACGCCAUAGCAAUGGCCCCUUACCCUAAUGUGUCAUUACUGUGAGGAAGCUUCACCCUCCCUCGCUCACACAUAAUCUGUGUGUUGUGUUUUAUUAUUCCGAUGAUGUCACAUAUGCAAAUCUCUCAAGUUAUUAUUGUUUUUUUUUUCCUUUGGCUGUUUUAGUAACCUUUCAUAUUUACAGAACAGACAUGACUGUAUAGAGCCAUUUCAGGAGCCCUGGCUGAUUCCAGCCUCAGAUCUCAUAUGCAAAAUGUUUUAGAGUUUCUGAAAACUGACAAAAAGAAGCAGAGGUGCUGUCAACAAAUGUAUGGAAAUAUUAUGAAUUGAACGUGUUGGAUAUGCUGAACAGUUUUAUAUAUGCUCAGUUCAUCUCUCUUUCUAUGUCUUAACUCUAUUUCUCUCUCUCUCUUUCUCUCAAUCUGAAUCAUGGAAAGACUGUAUUACUGCAUGUCUUACUGCCUGGUCAACCAUGUGGUUUUGUAUAUUAACUGAUUGCUCUGUUUUGUUUGGCUUUGUAUUAGUGAUAUUUCAGAGAUGAAUUCUGCAGGCCUGUAUGAGACACUGCUGUUUUAGUGAGUGAGGCUCUUUUAUGUCCCCCAUGCAUUCUCAUCUUUUUACUGUCGGACACUUUUGUACUUUUUUUUUCUUCUGCAACACAGACGUUUCAGGAAUAUUAAAGCUUGUAAAAACCUUUAAAAACUA